UAAGCUCUGCCACAACAUUGUCACUGACUCUAGACCUUCCCCUGAACUCUCUCUAAGGCCCCAAACAAUGCUAAAACCACUCCCAGACACGGUCCCCACAGCAGUAAGGUGUUCUAAUAAAGAUGGGGUGUGAUCUGUCUCCGCCUUGACUCAGUCCCACUUUAGAGAAAAGGGCGUUUACAGUACUUCCUCGUGGAGAGUGUUGACAGGUGGAUGCACAGGUGACAAACAGAUUUUUUUCUCUCUUCUUUCAAGCCACCUCUCGGAAGCCUCUGUACAUGCGAGAUGUGACUGAUCUAGGAUAAUCAUGCUGUGCACUAUUCUGAAGGAGAACACUACCGUAAAAUGGCAGGCUAAGGACUCUCCUAAAAAAAUAAAAGGCUCGGGAAAAGCCAAAGAGAACACCGAUGGGCUCUGAGAAGCCCCAGUGAUGCUAGAGAAAACAGCAUGGCUUUUAGGCACCUCCUCAGAGCAGGAGAAAUGUCUUACUCCAGCCUGCAGGACAACGGGGACUAUUAAUUUACCACCUUUAAUUACCAAAAGCGUUGUGAAAGCAGAAGGAAUGAGAAAGGAUGUGUAGCGUGUCCUGGACUAUACGUAAAGUUCAAACGUAAAGUUUAAGCAAGCAACAAUGCCCUCUUAAAAUAGAAAGAGUUUAGUCCUAAGUAAUAGAUGAAGGUAGCUUUGAGUAAUGUGGAGAGAAGCGGUUAUGUCAGUCACCCUGAAAGCCUCGGAGAAGCAGUCCAAAAAUCUGAUACCCUCAUGGCCUUGGCAGUCUUUUUGGUUUGUUUGGCAGGGUAGCCCACCAAAGGGGGACAUCUUGAAGAGAGGCGACUAGACCUAGGGAUCUGGUUGUUCAUUUUGGUCGUCGCCUGUGAGGCCAGCAUGCAAGAGUAAGAGGAAGCUAGGAGCAGUCUCAAAAAGAGAUGGAACCGAGGACAGCAAAUGCUGACGAGGAGAAGAGACGGACGAGCGUUUGCUUGCGGUUAAUACCGAAGGGACGGGAUGAAACAAGGAAGCCAGAAUGCAGCGGCCCCUCGAUAUCACCAGGAACUGCUACAGGAGGAGGCGUUCUGGCACGGGUAACUAGGAUUAAUUGCCACGGCUGAAGUUGAAGAGACCAAGAAACGUAAGCCCCGAAGGGGCACAUCUUGAAGAGAGGGGGCUAGACCUAGCGAUCCAGUUGUUCGUUUUGGUCGUCGCCUGUGAGGCCAGCAUGCAAGAGUAAGAGGAAGCUAGGAGCAGUCUCAAAAAGAGAUGGAACCGAGGACAGCAAAUGCUGACGAGGAGAAGAGACGGACGAGCGUUUGCUUGCGGUUAAUACCGAAGGGACGGGAUGAAACAAGGAAGCCAGAAUGCAGCGGCCCCUCGAUAUCACCAGGAACUGCUACAGGAGGAGGCGUUCUGGCACGGGUAACUAGGAUUAAUUGCCACGGCUGAAGUUGAAGAGACCAAGAAACGUAAGCCCCGAAGGGGCACAUCUUGAAGAGAGGGGGCUAGACCUAGCGAUCCAGUUGUUCGUUUUGGUCGUCGCCUGUGAGGCCAGCAUGCAAGAGUAAGAGGAAGCUAGGAGCAGUCUCAAAAAGAGAUGGAACCGAGGACAGCAAAUGCUGACGAGGAGAAGAGACGGACGAGCGUUUGCUUGCGGUUAAUACCGAAGGGACGGGAUGAAACAAGGAAGCCAGAAUGCAGCGGCCCCUCGAUAUCACCAGGAACUGCUACAGGAGGAGGCGUUCUGGCACGGGUAACUAGGAUUAAUUGCCACGGCUGAAGUUGAAGAGACCAAGAAACGUAAGCCCCGAAGGGGCACAUCUUGAAGAGAGGGGGCUAGACCUAGCGAUCCAGUUGUUCGUUUUGGUCGUCGCCUGUGAGGCCAGCAUGCAAGAGUAAGAGGAAGCUAGGAGCAGUCUCAAAAAGAGAUGGAACCGAGGACAGCAAAUGCUGACGAGGAGAAGAGACGGACGAGCGUUUGCUUGCGGUUAAUACCGAAGGGACGGGAUGAAACAAGGAAGCCAGAAUGCAGCGGCCCCUCGAUAUCACCAGGAACUGCUACAGGAGGAGGCGUUCUGGCACGGGUAACUAGGAUUAAUUGCCACGGCUGAAGUUGAAGAGACCAAGAAACGUAAGCCCCGAAGGGGCACAUCUUGAAGAGAGGGGGCUAGACCUAGCGAUCCAGUUGUUCGUUUUGGUCGUCGCCUGUGAGGCCAGCAUGCAAGAGUAAGAGGAAGCUAGGAGCAGUCUCAAAAAGAGAUGGAACCGAGGACAGCAAAUGCUGACGAGGAGAAGAGACGGACGAGCGUUUGCUUGCGGUUAAUACCGAAGGGACGGGAUGAAACAAGGAAGCCAGAAUGCAGCGGCCCCUCGAUAUCACCAGGAACUGCUACAGGAGGAGGCGUUCUGGCACGGGUAACUAGGAUUAAUUGCCACGGCUGAAGUUGAAGAGACCAAGAAACGUAAGCCCCGAAGGGGCACAUCUUGAAGAGAGGGGGCUAGACCUAGCGAUCCAGUUGUUCGUUUUGGUCGUCGCCUGUGAGGCCAGCAUGCAAGAGUAAGAGGAAGCUAGGAGCAGUCUCAAAAAGAGAUGGAACCGAGGACAGCAAAUGCUGACGAGGAGAAGAGACGGACGAGCGUUUGCUUGCGGUUAAUACCGAAGGGACGGGAUGAAACAAGGAAGCCAGAAUGCAGCGGCCCCUCGAUAUCACCAGGAACUGCUACAGGAGGAGGCGUUCUGGCACGGGUAACUAGGAUUAAUUGCCACGGCUGAAGUUGAAGAGACCAAGAAACGUAAGCCCCGAAGGGGCACAUCUUGAAGAGAGGGGGCUAGACCUAGCGAUCCAGUUGUUCGUUUUGGUCGUCGCCUGUGAGGCCAGCAUGCAAGAGUAAGAGGAAGCUAGGAGCAGUCUCAAAAAGAGAUGGAACCGAGGACAGCAAAUGCUGACGAGGAGAAGAGACGGACGAGCGUUUGCUUGCGGUUAAUACCGAAGGGACGGGAUGAAACAAGGAAGCCAGAAUGCAGCGGCCCCUCGAUAUCACCAGGAACUGCUACAGGAGGAGGCGUUCUGGCACGGGUAACUAGGAUUAAUUGCCACGGCUGAAGUUGAAGAGACCAAGAAACGUAAGCCCCGAAGGGGCACAUCUUGAAGAGAGGGGGCUAGACCUAGCGAUCCAGUUGUUCGUUUUGGUCGUCGCCUGUGAGGCCAGCAUGCAAGAGUAAGAGGAAGCUAGGAGCAGUCUCAAAAAGAGAUGGAACCAAGGACAGCAAAUGCUGAUGAGGAGAAGAGACGGACGAGCGUUUGCUUGCGGUUAAUACCGAAGGGACGGGAUGAAACAAGGAAGCCAGAAUGCAGCGGCCCCUCGAUAUCACCAGGAACUGCUACAGGAGGAGGCGUUCUGGCACGGGUAACUAGGAUUAAUUGCCACGGCUGAAGUUGAAGAGACCAAGAAACGUAAGCCCCGAAGGGGCACAUCUUGAAGAGAGGGGGCUAGACCUAGCGAUCCAGUUGUUCGUUUUGGUCGUCGCCUGUGAGGCCAGCAUGCAAGAGUAAGAGGAAGCUAGGAGCAGUCUCAAAAAGAGAUGGAACCGAGGACAGCAAAUGCUGACGAGGAGAAGAGACGGACGAGCGUUUGCUUGCGGUUAAUACCGAAGGGACGGGAUGAAACAAGGAAGCCAGAAUGCAGCGGCCCCUCGAUAUCACCAGGAACUGCUACAGGAGGAGGCGUUCUGGCACGGGUAACUAGGAUUAAUUGCCACGGCUGAAGUUGAAGAGACCAAGAAACGUAAGCCCCGAAGGGGCACAUCUUGAAGAGAGGGGGCUAGACCUAGCGAUCCAGUUGUUCGUUUUGGUCGUCGCCUGUGAGGCCAGCAUGCAAGAGUAAGAGGAAGCUAGGAGCAGUCUCAAAAAGAGAUGGAACCGAGGACAGCAAAUGCUGACGAGGAGAAGAGACGGACGAGCGUUUGCUUGCGGUUAAUACCGAAGGGACGGGAUGAAACAAGGAAGCCAGAAUGCAGCGGCCCCUCGAUAUCACCAGGAACUGCUACAGGAGGAGGCGUUCUGGCACGGGUAACUAGGAUUAAUUGCCACGGCUGAAGUUGAAGAGACCAAGAAACGUAAGCCCCGAAGGGGCACAUCUUGAAGAGAGGGGGCUAGACCUAGCGAUCCAGUUGUUCGUUUUGGUCGUCGCCUGUGAGGCCAGCAUGCAAGAGUAAGAGGAAGCUAGGAGCAGUCUCAAAAAGAGAUGGAACCGAGGACAGCAAAUGCUGAUGAGGAGAAGAGACGGACGAGCGUUUGCUUGCGGUUAAUACCGAAGGGACGGGAUGAAACAAGGAAGCCAGAAUGCAGCGGCCCCUCGAUAUCACCAGGAACUGCUACAGGAGGAGGCGUUCUGGCACGGGUAACUAGGAUUAAUUGCCACGGCUGAAGUUGAAGAGACCAAGAAACGUAAGCCCCGAAGGGGCACAUCUUGAAGAGAGGGGGCUAGACCUAGCGAUCCAGUUGUUCGUUUUGGUCGUCGCCUGUGAGGCCAGCAUGCAAGAGUAAGAGGAAGCUAGGAGCAGUCUCAAAAAGGUAAUAGGUUUGAAAGGGAGACAGGCAAAUCGAGGGCUGUCGUUCCUCCACGUAGUUAAAGACCGAGAGAGUUGUCGGUUAAGCGCAUGCAUACGAGGGUUUGCGAACAGUAACAAUAACACUGAAGCGGAAUAAAAAUAUUUUUUAGUUUCCGAGAGGUUGAUCUCUAGCGGCUACUUAGUCUGACUUCCCUUUCGCGGCAAGCCCGACUGUCUUCAUAGCUCUCAGAACAGGGGUUAGGGGAAGCGGUACUUGUGGCUUGCGUUUUCUUGUUUACCUUGCUUGAGUGUGUAUAUUGGAUCCGCUUUUGUGCUUAUAAACAACUUUGGAUUCUUAUGAUUUUCUGCAGAGCUUUGAUCUUUUUCUUUUUUUCUUUUUCUUUCUGGUUUGUUUUUUUUUUUUUUGCUUUGCUCCCUCCCUGAUGGAUUUUACUAUGCCUCCGUCAACGAGCCCUGGCUGGCAAAGUUGCUGUGUCCCAGCGGAGACUCUUAGGCGAGAUGGAGGAGUUCAGAUCCGCAGCCUGCCAGAAGAACGUCGCCCAGGAGGGGUUGCUAGCCUCGAGCUAUAGGCGCUGGCGUUCAGGACCUCGGGGAACGACUGUGUGCUGCCGUGAAGAACUACAGGCUACCACCGCUCUCGGACCUUUGAUGCUGUUCUGAGGGCCAGCAACUCGAAGGGAUGCAGCUCGGCCCUUUUUGUUGACUUUGGUGAUGCUGUUUUGAGGAAGCAUGUAAGUACAGAAGGGGUCUGGGAGGGUUUUCAAACAAGACGGGAAAGAGCAAGGAAGAUUUGAGAGCGUGGAAAAACUAGGUGCCGCGGGUACUGAAGUUGUUACGGGCUGAGGGCGUUUGGCGUUGAGCAUCUGAGAGGGGCUAAUGCACGAGGAAUGGUAAAAUGCUGUGACUGAACGCGAGGUUCCUCCCCGGCCUGGGCCCGUGUGUGCACCCUCGCUCCCACAGACACCCCAGAGCCGUAGGGAAACGGGUGAGCAGGCCCACGAGCGGACUUUGGGCACAGCGGUGCGCAGAGAGCACUGCGGGCUCAGCCGGUGGGGUGGAGUCGGAGCAUGGCGAGCCAGGCUGUCGGGAUCCAUCCGGUUCCGCUCCCUGCCCCUCUGUCCAGCGCUCCAUCCUUCUCUUUCUUUCCCCGUGGCUCUGUCCAGUGCCCCAUCCCUUUGUUUAGCUACUCGUUCCUCUGCCCAGCUCCCCCAUCCCUCUUGUACUCUUUCCAUCUCUGUGACAAUAUCUGCGUCCAUCUAACUGGCUCUCUAUCGCUCUAUCCAGCUCUUCAUCGUCCUCUUCCUCUUCCUCUCCCAGUACCUGCCCGCUGUCCUUCCGUGCGGCUCCCCAUCCGUCUGCCGCUCUCGUCUGCCUUUCUGCCUGUACUUCUCUUUGCCUUCCCAGCCCUCUGUCCACCCCUCCAGCCAUCUCUCUCUAUUUCCAUCCCUCUGCUCAGCUCCUCAUCCAUCUAUUUGCCUCCCUAUCCCUCUUUUCCCCUGUUUUGUCCCAUCUCUCUGUCUGAAUUGCCCUCCCUCUUUUUCUCUCUCCACCUUUCUGGCCAGCUCUUCGUCGUUCUCGUCCUCUUCCCAUCGCUCCUACUGGCUCCCUGUCCCUCUCUUCCCGUCCCCGCUCCUCUCUCCGGUUCUCCCCCCUUCUCUGUUGCUCCCUCGCCAUUCCUCUGGCCGCCUCGCCUUCCCCAUUUUUCUCUCUUCUGCUCCCCGGUCCUCUGUGCAGCCCUCCCUCCAUCUGUGUGGCCCUCUGUCCCUCUCUUUCUCUUCCUUUGUCCAGUGCCCAGACCCUGGGGCCGGCUCUCUGUCCCUCUCUUUCUUUCUCCCUCCAUCCAUCUGCCAAGCUCUCUGCCCCUCUUUUCUUUUGUUCUCCCCCCUGUCCCCGCGUCCAGGUGGAGGUCUGUCGUUCCUUUGCGUUUUGUCUGGUGCGGCGGGUGGCGAGAGGUGGUCGGCGCUCGGCAGAGAUGGUGAUCGGCAGCGCCCGGAGGGUGCCGUCGGUCGGUCUGGUUCGGGUCACGUCGGACACCUCCGCGGGGACUCUGCCCGCGGAGGUGCGGGGCUGUGGCUGUGCAGCGGGGGAGCGCUAGCGGGCUAGAGAUGUCGUGGGGUACGCGGCAGGCAGCGAAGAGGCUCCUGGGGAAGGUGUCACGGAGGCAGAGAGCAGCAGAGGCUCCGAGACCUUGGGCGUUAGGACAGGCGCUCGCGGUAGGGCGGUCUGGAGCUGCUGCUGCUGUCUGUCCUACUCGUCAGCGCGGUCUGCAGUUACUGCCUCUUGUCUGCCUGCGCGCAGCCAGGGCUGUCACGUGGUGCAGCUUGAGUUGUGAUUGCGAUGCUGGCAUUGAGCCCACUUUUCUGUCAGGUCUGCCUUUAUGCAAAGUGGUGUCUUCCCUAUGUCUACAGCUCAACCCAUGUUGUUGAUUUAGUGCUUCCUGAGGGGAUAUGCUGUGCUGUCAACACGCACACCCACCCCACCCCUGCCAUCGCUUCCUGAUGAAUGCAAUCAUUUACAUAGCUUCUGGCUUGUUUCUUUCCUUGGAACUCCUUUCUCUUUGCUGUUCUGGUCCCUCCAAACAAUUUCUGUUUCUAGCAUUAUUAGUGUUGGGCCCUAAAACUUCUAGACCUUCCUUCUUUGAAGUCCAGAGGUUCCAGUAUUGUUUGUACUUUGAGAGUAAAGGUCCUUCACAACUCAUGUCUUAAGUAUGCAACUGUCUUACCUGGGAUUUUCCUUUUCGCAAGUUACUGUUUCUUUCAGGAGCCAGCUACAACAGUAACUUUGCUAUAGCAGAGAAAUGGGGUUACAUGUGUAUGAGCAACAGCACCGUAGUACACAGCAAAGCCAUAAUCUACAGUACUGGUAGCACAAGUCAGUUUCCCAUCAGCUCCAUCUCUCCAGGGUUUGGAGGUUUUGGAGGCCUUACUUUUUAUCCUGCCUUGGCUGGACGGUGCUUUCUGAGAGUGUCCCUCAGAGGCAGAGUUUCCCUGCGGAGGACCAUCUAGCAAAGGCUGGAGGCGGCCGGGUGCCUGAGUGAGCCUGCCUGUCCGUGAGAGCUGCUGUGACAUCUUUGUGAUGAAAUGGAGCCAGAGAGGGUGACUGAAGCAGCACGGAGGGUCAGUCAUAACUGUGGGAACAAUUACGGGCCUUGGACUAGGGAGUAGUUCUAGGAGGGCUGUGCAGUUGCCCGGCCUCUAACUAACUGCUCUGGCCUCUUUGCAGGUGCCGAAGCCCAGUCGGGCAGUCGAAGGAGCCUUGUCACAGCUGGGAGCUCUGCGGAGAUGCGCGGCUGGCCAUGGAGAGUGAGCUCUGACUUGCAGCGUGGACACAGCUAAGUCCUGGGCUGCAUCAUAUGUGAGCAGUGCUGGGAGGUGCGAGGUGAUUGUUCCCUAGGUGGUCACUGGUGUCACUGGCUGUGGAUGUUUGCCCAUGGAGCUGAGAGGACCAAAAAUAUUAAUUGUCUGACCCGGAGAUGAAAUAGUGCUUGCAGUGCUUCAGGUAGGUUCAGUGCAAGUGCAGCCUAGUGCAGUCCUGUGGAGUGAUUCUUGCACAUGCUCACAUUUGAAUGGUGGCUAAAACCAAGCCUCUAAACAGCAGCUGUAACGUGAUUCUGGUGCAUGUCUUCCCGUUCUGCUGUGCUUCUAGAGGAAGGGAAAACUUCUUAAGCUGUGGGCAAAACUCCUUGCCUUCUCUUUACUGUUUUCAUGCGUAUGGGUGCUUUGGUGUUUGUUGCUUAAAGCUGAGGGUUUGAAAUUUUUCACUUAAGGUUUAUUGUUUAGUUUGUUGUUGAGGGUCUCUCACUCCGGAGUUACAGUUUAUUCCUUUCUUUUGUGGGGCUCAGUCUUUAUCAGUCAGGGUUUACAGUUUGCUCGUUUAGUGAUCAGGGCGCAGAAUUUAAAAUCCAACCUUAGCCAUAAAUUUUAAAGUCUCGGCAACUAUUAGGGUUCCAAGACCUGCAGUUAGUGUUCAGGGCUUAUGACUUACUGAUAAAGGAAAAGGGCUAAAUCCUUAGAUAAACUGUAAGCCCUGAAGCCUAAGCAGCAGGCUGCAAACCCUUCUUUGGGCUUUGUAACCUUCCCCUGUACCCAGCGUUCAGCUCUGCACACCGACCUGCGCUCUGGAUUUGAUAUGGCGCAGGCCCAUCACACGGAGACUGGCAAUGUGACGGGUGAGCUGAGAGCUGUGGAAGUGUCUUGCAGGGCUCUAGCCUGGGGUAGGGCAGAAGUGCAGACAGGCAGGAUCAGGCAUUUUCCUCUCAUCUCUGAGAUGAAUCCUAUCCCUGAAGGAAAAAGCAGAGGAGUAGGCUGUCAGCUACUCGGACACCUGCCACAUCAAGGGCAGCAGCAGGAGAUGACCCUUCCCUGAUGGAUGGAUGGACGCUGGUGUAGUGAUGACUCUUCAGGCAUCACAGGUAAGGGGAAGCAUGCUGACACUGAGCUCCAUGGCAGACUUGCUUCCAGCUAUUGUUUCUGCGCAGUAAAACAAUAAACAGUUGCUUUAUUCUUUGCA